CGCGCGCGCGACGGACGUUAGACUGCAUUUUUUGCUUUUUUGUUAUUUAUCCUCUAAACUAUCGCUACAAACAAUCUACUGAAACAACCCCAGUGACUUUUGAAUUCCAGUGCUUGUGUUUACAACUGAAUUGUUUUAUUCUUAAUUCUUAAACAGUGACCAAAGGUUAAUUAAGAUAUUAUUGACAAGUGUACAUGUGUUCUGUGCUGUAUUUAUUAUUAUGCGAAUGGAUUGCUACCGCCUUCGACAUAUAUUGACAUCUGAUGACCUGACAAAUCGAGAUAUCAAUAUACUGAUAUGAUGAAUUGGAGUGAAACCUGAUUCGGUAUAAAAACUAAGAUGCGAGAAGAAACAGAAAAGUUUGAAAUUAAUACAACCAGCGAUGCAUGUAGUGUUAAUUAACAAAAUGAGGAUGAAGAAGAAAACGUUUUUAAUAAGAUUAGAAUUGACUUGAUACAUAAAAUUGGUGCAGAAGAUAUUGUGAAUGAACUUUCGAGUGUACUAUACAUAAAGUUCUUAAGUGACAAGAAAGUUGUAGAACAGAAAUAUGAUGCAGUUAGUCAUGUCAAAGUGAUAAAAAGAGUGAAAAGACUGGAUGUGACAGUGACAGAGGAUGCUAGACAGUGAAUAAUGCCGGAUAGAGAUUCGGUGGGUGCUGGGACCGCAGGCAGUGGUGGUUUCUUGCCUCUUCAAUUCCCGUCGGCGUUCGCUGCGUUUCAUGCGUCCACUCCCCCUGGCGCGCCUGCGACCGCCAUGCAUCACGCCACGCAUUAUCAUCAUCAUGCUCAACUGGCGGCAGCAGCGGCAGCGGCAGCGGGCGCGACCAGCGAACUGAGCUACCUAGCCGCCCUCCACCCGGCUUACCGUCCUGUGCCCUACGACCAUCCUCUUUACGGCGCGAAUACUUUACGAGGGCUAGAAUAUCUAAGUGCUGCAAGGAGUCUACAUCCGGAGCUUCAUGCUGGAAGUACGUUAGCCAGUCAGGAUUUCCAGCUUAGCUUAGAAGGUUCAAGGAUAGCAUCACCAACUCGUCUCAGGCUAUCAGGAGGAGCCAUUGGUGCUUCAGUGAAUAGAAAGCGAGCAGUUUCUUGGAGUCCAUAUUCCGCGGAAUCGCUAGACUUGGCUGCAGUGAUCAGAGCAUCUCCAGCUAGUCUUGCUGUUAGGGCUCCUUCAGCUGCUUCCACUGGAAGCUAUGGACAUCUUAGUGCUGGAGCAAUAUCACCAGCGCUUUCUCUCUCCCACGCAUCACUAGCCCAGCAGCUGUUGGCGCGUGGUGCUGGGGUGGGAGGUAGCGCAGUACUCGCAGGUGGAGUACUGUUGGAUCCUGCGCACCAGCAGGCUGCGGCUGCAGCUGCGCAUCAUGCCGCGCAUGCGCAUCUGGUUGCUGGUAUUCAUAGAUCACACAUAUCCUCACCGACGCAACUUCUAAUGGGUGGACCAGUGGACGUCAGGCCAGGCCUUGGGCUAGAUGGAACACCACCUUCGCAUUUGCAGCAGCCUCCUCAGCAUCCUGAAGUCACUAGUAUCAUGGAAGCUGAUAGCGCAUCAACAGCGUUAACCCAGCGAAAAUCACCACAAAGUCUGAUGUCAAGAGAUCACCACAGCAACAAGCCCUUGUCUGCCGCAGCUGAGAGCACCGUUCACGAUGGCCUGGAUUCGAAGGACGAGCCGGGAGACUUUAUUGAGACCAAUUGUCACUGGGUGGACUGCAAGCUUGAAUUUCCAACACAAGAUGACCUGGUAAAACACAUAAACACGGACCACAUCCACGCGAGCAAAAAAGCUUUCGUCUGCCGCUGGGUCGGCUGCUCUCGUGAUGAAAAACCUUUCAAAGCUCAGUAUAUGCUGGUUGUUCACAUGAGGAGACAUACUGGGGAGAAACCUCAUAAAUGUACUUUUGAAGGCUGCUGCAAAGCGUAUUCUCGUCUAGAGAACCUGAAAACCCAUCUCCGCAGUCAUACAGGGGAAAAGCCGUACACUUGUGAAGUUCCUGGCUGCGCUAAGGCUUUCUCCAACGCUAGUGAUCGAGCUAAACAUCAGAAUAGGACUCAUAGUAACGAAAAACCCUACGUAUGUAAAGCUCCUGGCUGCACAAAAAGGUAUACAGAUCCGUCGUCACUUCGGAAACAUGUAAAAACUGUUCAUGGUGCUGAGUUUUAUGCCAGUAAGAAACACAAAGGAUGCAGUCGUGGAGACGACUCAGCAGAGUCUGGAGGUGGUGGGGCUGGAUCCUCACCGCGCUCUGAAGAAGGAGGAGUACCUUUGGGCGUCCGAGGCCAUACAUCAUCUGCAUCUGUCAAAAGCGAGAGCCCUGCUUCUCCUAUUCCUCAUGGACUUCAUACACCAGCACAUCAGCUGUCAGCUCAAUGUGGUGGUGAGCUGGACUUCGGAGGUUCUGGACUUGGUGGAUUCAGUGACGAGAACGGUGCACCCUAUUUCAGAUUAGAUGGAGAGGUGGAACAAGAAGUUGUAGGUGAAGUAGGCCAAUUGCCUUUAAUGCUCCGAGCUAUGGUGGCCAUUGGAGAACCUCGUGCUCAUCAUCACACGCCUCGGUUCGGUAACAAGAUGGGCGUUGGCAGACUCAUGCCGCCGCCGCAUGCUGCUGAUAUGGGUGGAGGAGGUGGAAUUGCAGGUCGAACUGAGCUAGGCAGCACGAGUGUAGCAGUUGAAAUAAAAACUGGUCUUCCUAACACAAGAAGGGAUUCAGGAAUUUCUUCCGGUAGUAGUCUCUAUAGUGCUAGGUCCUCGGAUAUAUCCCGCAAGAGCAGUCAAGCUUCAGUAGUGUCGGGCGCAGUGGCGACAACUACUGGAGUCGCCGGGCAGCCAAGACUAGUCUCACAGCAUACCAACGUCUACGACCAGUUGUCGCCUGAUAGUAGUCGAAGAUCUAGUCAAGUGUCAUGCGUGGGCUAUGCGCCAGCGCCAUCCUCAGCGCUUGCUGCUGUCCAAGCCGUCAGAACAUCUCAAGGAAACCAGGCCGUUCUACUUCGAGGAGUGACCUGUUCAGAAGUAAGAGCUGAAGAGUUGGCAUUGGAACUGGACCCUAACGUUCAGAUCAAGGAAGAGGCGCGAAGGCUGUCUGAACAGUCCAACCUGAGUGACCAGGCCCAGGGUUAUCAGGCUUACCCUUGCAGCACUGACGAUGUGGGUGAUGCUCCUUUCCCGUUCAAGACAGAGGACGACCACGAAACAGUGACCUACAAAGAAUCUCGUUCCAACUCAACCAACACUGUGGUAAUCACCACUGCUCAGGUCCACCACCCGAACCAGGAGGUUAAUCUGGAACAGGUCGCAGAAGGUGAAAUGGUGGAGAACAAACUGGUAAUACCAGACGAAAUGAUGCAAUAUCUUAACCAAUCAAUAUUGGGAACCGAAACGGUAGCACCAGGCAAGACGGACUCCACCAACGAGCCUGAGACCAAGAAAGACAGUGCAACCAAAGACACCAGUGAAAUACCGAACACGAACAAUUCAAAUGACAAAAUCAGUGACGUAGCGACCAGUGACGAUUCUCUACUCAAAAACUUAGGUGCCAUAGGAAGUGAUCUCAAUAUAAGUGAUAUUCCAGUCGAUUUAAGAUCAUUAGACGUUAGUAUGUCGGGUAACAGCGGUUCCUUGUUGGCUGCUAAAUCUCCCGAUGACAAGAAUCCUCCACUACAAGAGCAAGUCAUUCCUGAAGUAACCACAGAACCCUGUGAAAAAGAAUUUUCAAGACCACCUUCGAAUGCCCCAGUUAAUAAUCCGCUACAAUCUUUACAAACCAUGGCAGCGAAUCAAACUGAGCAGUCAAACAGACUGAGAGUAAAUAACCCAUUACCUCAGAAACAAAAUCCCGCGAUGAGCCCAAAAACUAUGGUUAUGAGUCCCCAAAACAUGGCGCAUAGUUUGAUGAGUCCUCAAAGUCACCCUCACAGUACCAUGAGCCCGCAAAGUGUCAUGAGUCCGCACAAUAUGCAUCAUAGUGUCAUGAGUCCACCAAGUGUAUACAACGUCAUGAGUCCACAAUCUGUCUUGAGUGUUAUGUCUCCUCAACAUAACGCCAUGAGUCCUCAAAGCAUGCAAGGUUUAAUGAGUCCACAAAUGUCGAAUCAGAUGAUCAUGAGCCCACGACACAAUAACAUAGGCAGUCCAAUGUCUCAGAACAUGGCUAGCCCUUUGGUGAACAUGGCUAGCCCUAUGACGCAAAACGUAGCGAGUCCCAUCAGCCACGGUAUACCAAGUCCUAUGCAUCCUGGUUUGCAAAGCCCAAUGGCUCAAGGCAUGACAAGUCCAAUGAUUCAGAACAUGUCUAACAUGACAAUGAACUCUCCAGUGGCAAAUCAAAACCAGAAUAUAAUGAUCAACAUGAACCAGCAACCUAUGCAAGUGAAUAUGGCUCAGCAACCUCAAAUAGUACCAAAUAUGAAUCAACAAGGUCCAAUGCCGCCGAUGGCUUCAAAUUACAUGAACAACCGUCAAAAUCCUAACCUGCCAAAUAAGAACUUCAACAACGGUCCUAAUCAGUAUCAAAAUCAGAACUUCAAUCAAGUUCCACCAUAUCCUCAAAAUCAGAACAUGACGAGAACUCCAAACAUGCAGCAAUACCAAAUGGUACAACAGUUUAAUCAAAAUCAAAUGCCAGUAAUGCAAAGCCAAAAUAUCCCUUAUAAUCAUAUGAGUUAUCCUCAAAAUCCGGUUAACUAUUCCCAAAGUCAGAUGCAUGCAUUGCAAAUGUCAAGAUCUUCUGUGAUGAGUGUGGAUAACAGUGGUAAUAUGGGCCGAGGAGUUAUGAAUAGCUAUUGCGAACCAAACCCCCCAUUGCAAAACGUUCAAUACAACCAAAAUGUUCAGUACCCUCAACCUCCACCCUAUAACUCAGCUGUGAACGCUACUAAUGUCAUGGGUCCUCCACCACCGAAGAACAACCACCAGUACAAUCAGGCUAUGAUGAACAAUAAUCAGUAUUUCAACCAUCAACGACCAUACAACCAAUGGGAUUAUCCAGGGCAUCAGUUCAACAAGCACAACAUGCAGAAAUCGGUUCAGAAUUCCGUGAAUAUGUCAACGGGGAGUCAAAAACCUGUCAAUGGAACGAGAUUGUCCCUUAACUGUAAUCAAAUAAAGAAUGACCAACAGACGGAUUGUAGUAUGAACAGUUUGAGAAGUAAUCAGCAAGCUGAUGUCCAAGUUUGGGAUAUUUCACAGUCGCAAAUAGAAGCAACAAAUGGCAGAAAGAAGAAUCAGAAUUCGAAUAAUAUGCGACAGGAGACGUAUCAAAGAACAUUAGAGUAUGUUGAGAAUUGCGAGAAUUGGAAAAGUUCUGAAAUGGUAUCCAGUAGUACACAUCCUUUGCAAGGUGGCGACAACAUGGUUGUGAACGAUCUCCAGACUUCUCUGUCUUCGUUUUAUGAAGAAAAUCAAUACCUCCAAAUGAUUCAGUAGUUUUUUUUUAUACUGUGUUCAAUUUAGAUCUGUUAACUUGUAUGAUAGACUAAUUAGUGUUAACUUACAAUGUCAAUUAAUCUUAAGAUUUUUUUACAUUUCUGACUAACUUUGAUGGUGCAAAAUGGUUGUAAAACACGAAAACAAAUCUCUAAUAG